AUGAUAGACAGCCUUUGGACCAAGAAUUAGAGUUUAAAUUGUAUUUUAACUUAAUAGUUAAAUCAGUUCCUGUUAUUUAAGACUUUAGUAAAAGAGGCUUAAGUAAAUCUUACCAAAAAUGGCUUCUACAUAUCAUUGUUCAAUCAUCGUAAUUCAAAAUUAAAUUUUGUAUUUACACAUCAUUUCAAUAGGUCACAAAUCCUUUCAUAUCACAAGAGCCUAAUUUCAAAACACCAACCUAUAAUACAAUUAAAAUAUUAGGGGGAACAUUUGUUAACUUCUUAGUCACUUUAUUUUAAAAUCCAUAAUGUCUAAUAAACAAGUUUUUAGGUUGUGAGCCUC